UUUUCUUAGCUUUAUACAGGUGAAAUUUCACAAGAAGUAUCAUUUAUUUCAGUGUUUUGUCGAGAAGAGCCAGUGUUGAAGUCCAAGACAAUAAUCAUAGGAUUAUCUUUGACAAUGAACUUAUGAAAUCAAAAAUCAGCAUAAACACUUUCAAAAAUCUUGUGAAAACUACCACUGCAGAAGAAAUGUGUAAAUGUUUCUGGUUUAAGUUUAAAAUUAACUUAAUGGUCAGACGUCCUUAUUAAACUUAUUAAUGAAAGCAUUACAUGGAUAAUAUCUGUGCAAUGUCUUAAAAUUAAUUUCCUUUACCUUAUUGGGCAAUACGAAACUAUUACAUUCUCACCAUAUUUUCUCAAUAAAAGAGAUGUGAAAAAAUGGGCUUCCGUUUCACAAGUGCAUUUGGACAGAAACAAACAUUUUGGAUGAGACACUUUCUAAUAGGAAAAUUGUUACAUUUUCUAUCCAUAAUAUGUUCACCUCUAAUAACAAUAUUUGCGAUCUCAUUUCCAAUCGCGUCAUAAAGAUGUGUUUUUAACAAGAUGAAGCAAUCUUAUACUCUCCGUUUAGCUAUCCAUCACCGUUCCACACUCCAGCCCAGUAUGUGAAGGGAAUGCACCAAAUAUCUGUUUGCAAACCACCAUAAAUCUCUAAAAGAAGAAGCCGCUGUUAUCGCGAUAUCUUGUUGUGAAGAAAAGGCGGAUACGUUGAGAGGCAGGUUACCCAGGCAACAACCGCACGAACUGUAAACAUUCAUCAGCUUCUGUUCUUGUUCAAUUUGAAGCAGGUUAGCAGAUAUUUCCAGACACAACUUUUAAGGUCACAGAUUUAUCAUGCAGACACCAGAUUAUUUGGAGAUAGACCUCAGUAGAUUGGUGAUCCACAACGAGAAGUUCCUGAAUAUUCUGGAAGAAGUGAUGAAACUCAACUGGCUUCAUGAAAGAACCCAGCCGGGGAAGUUACAAUUGAUGGCAAAGACUCUUAGUUCCCUUGCCUCUCGUGCUGUGGAGAACAAUCAUUUCAUCGAUCUUCAAGUCCUCCUAGAACAUGUGGAUGUCAAUUCUGAAGACUAUAUGGGAUAUACACCUCUCCAUACAGCCUGUCAGUUGGGAAAUGGAGAAAUGGUUAUGUUCCUACUGGACAAUGGUGCAGUGAACCGCUCUAAACAUUGCCCAUUACACUUGGCCAUUAAGAACAGGAAUUUUCUAGUUAUCGAGCUCCUGAGGUGGAAAGGGUUCACUGUUAAACUACACCCAGUGAGAAUUGGCGUGGAAUUGAUCCAAACAGUACGAAAGAGAGAUCAUGCGCUACUGCAUGCCUGGUUUCUCUCAGGGGUGGACAUGGACACCUCUGACUACAAUGGGUGGACAGCAAUGAAGGAGGCUGUUCGCUUGGGGGAAAACACCAUGAUAACCAAGCUAGUGCACUACAGAAGCACGCCACUGUCCGCUGUGCCCGUGUACAGGAGGAGAAGAGUCUCGCUUUAAUCUUUCCCCUUCUGCAGACUCUCUGCCCUGUACUGUAGAUAAACUUGUAAAUAGUUCUGUUCUUUUUUCUUUUUGUGUUCUUUUGUCAAUAAGAUUGGUGUUUUAUCUGCGUUAUAAAUGUGUUUGAAUAAACUUUAUAAACUAA